AUGUCCGAAUCUCCGGUCAACAACCAGGCCGGCAUCGAGAGCCAAAAGAGGCCCCAGCGCGGUGGCCGCAAGCCCCUGAGCUGCCUUGCUUGUCGCCGGCACAAGCUGAAAUGCGACCGCAAGGUGCCCUGCGGCACUUGCAUCCGCUAUCGUCGGGAGGCCCUCUGCCGCCAGAAUCCCGCGCCUCCGAAGCGAGGCCGGGCCAAGAAGGCAGCUCGGGAUACCGAUAUUGAUGUUGGAUCGGAGCUGGCAGAUGCUGAUCUUGCCGAGUCGGAUGCCGUUGGCGAAGUUCUGCAAGCCCCGGACCAAAAUCCUAUUGUUGCCGGAUCUACCGGCCUGGGCCUGGUUCGUCUUCGGAAUAGCUUCAGAACUCCCGGAGCUGAGAUCAAGGACACUCCCUUCUUUCUCCGGGCCCUCGGCUUAGAUGCCAACACCACGGCCAUCCCCGUGUCUUCACUUUCACAGCUUCUGGCUGAAAUUCAGAGUGCUGGCCAACCGUCUCUCUUGUGGCACAUGAUGGAGGGAGCUACCAGGAGGCGAUACUGGGAGACGCAGCUGCGAUCUGCCCUGCCCUCACGGACCAUGUGUGAUCUACUGCUCAACUAUUACAUCGAUCACAUCAAUUGGAUCUUCCAGAUCACGCACGUUCCGUCGUUCCGUCGCGAGUACGAAGAAUUUUGGGAUGCCGGGGAUGACCACGAGCUGGACUUUAUUUUUACGGCCCUCGUUUUCACCAUCAUCUCAGUCAGCGCCCUAUAUAUUCCGCCAGGAACAGUUGAGAUAUUCGGAUGUCCGAAGGAGUCGAUCCGAGACCUUGCGCAUGUGUGGCAUAGGGCGUCUCAUCAGGCGUUAAUGGCUGGAGACUUUGAGUCGAAGCCGUGUAUUGUGCAGCUUCAGACGUUUUCAAUUACGCAGUUUUACUGGUACGCCACGAAUGGGAUUGAUGCAUUGAAUUCACGGCUGGGGCAGGCUGUGCGAACUGCCCAGAAUCUUGGUUUAGACAAAGAUUUGACUCCCUCUCAAACAUUACAGGAUGAGAUGAGGCACCGCAUCUGGUGGGAUCUCGUUGAUUCAGAUACAUUCCAGUCCAUCUGCCUAGAUCGCCCUCCGCUAAUCCGCUUGGACUCUCCGGGAGUCCCCUUUCCACUCAACUGCAACGACAGCGACAUGACCGAUUCACUCUUACAACCACGUCCGCAUGAUGAGCCUACCAUUAUGAUGCUCAACAUCUACAGAGCCCGGUUCUUCAAACUAAUGAAUCGCCAUCUGUGUCAGAGCAAUGCCGAUGACCCUCACUCAUACGACGCCAUCUGUCAGUUGGACGAAGAGGUACUUAAAAUCACCAGAACUUACCCCUGGUUCUAUCAACUUGACCAGGACGGCCGACCUCCUCCGCUGCCGCAGCCCGUUGGAGAAAUACUCACUUGGCAAAAUCACAUCAUCCGUACAUGCAUCAGCACGCAGCGCAUCCGAAUGUAUCGUCCGUUCCUGUCUCCCCGCAUCGGAGACUCUUGGGCGAAAUGCAUCGAGGCAGCGGAGGAUGCAAUGGUCGUCUAUAGAACCAUCCGGACCAACAGGUCGAUCACUUCGCUGCAAAAAUUCCUUCCUCAGGCAUAUCAGAUCUUUUCUGUUGCUGUGACGGUCACGGCGCUUCUUCUGGUUGAGGGCUCGCUGCCUAUAUUGCAUGUGCGGCAGCAGAUCAGGGACCUGGCGGAAGAUCUUCAGAUCCUGGAAGUCCAAGGUUGCGUGUCUCCUGUUGCUAGUCGCGGGAGACAGGUCUUGCUGAAGAUGUUGAGCCUGGUGGACAUGGGUAAUAAUGGGCCAUCGCCAUCAGACCAAGACACUGAUAGCCUGGUGUCAAGCAUAGGCUUCAUCUUUGGGGGGGAGCAAGCCGCGCGGACAUACAUGCAGCGACUAGCAUCGCGAAACCAGCGGCUCAAGGAGUCAGCAACGAAGCAGCAACCCACGCCCAAUUCGACGGAGAACUCGUCGUUUUAUCAGGGUCAGUUCAGAGGGGUUAUUGACGAUAGCACGGCGAAUGCAUCUGCCGUGGAGACGCCGAUGGAGUAUAUGGGAGAGACGCAGCCUAUGGGAGUGCAUCAGAUGAAUUUGGUCAUGGAUGAUGUGGUGUUGCAGAAUUUGCUUAAUUUCGAUAUGACGGCGCUGAUGACUGAUUCUCAAUACGGCUGAUGGAUGGCUUGUCCUUGAUGAUAUCUUGAAUAUGCUUCGCUUCUUCUUAGAUGACUAUUUAGAAGAUAUACCUUGAUGAGUCGAAACUGGGGAUUAUAGUGAUCCGAUAUACCGCGAAAUACAUGCGAGGUUUAUCAAUGAAGAGGCAGCCUACCCUCACCCCAACUCUAUCUCAGUCUCACUACUAUAUAUAUUGCUCUGUUCUCUUAUCUCAAUAGAGAACCAAUCUGAUAGUCUGCUCCAUCCAACAUCUAGUUCACUCAACAGACUUAUGUGGCAAGAAUACUUCGCCCUCCAUCCUGAGUGAUCCUUCCCCGGACCCGAAUCUUCAAGUGUCCAUAAGACAGCUUGAUGAGCUGCGGCCUUGCUUUUCCUGCACUCUUCUCCCCCUCCGUAUCCGCCAAGUUCUUGUUUGCGGAAGAUCCGUUUUGCGAUGUCAUGGCCGUUGUGCGCACGCCAACUAUACCCGAUGGGCAAAACAAGAGAGCUUCUCCGCGCCGCAGAGCAACAAUCUUGCUGAAGAGCUCUGCUGCAACCUCAUUGGGAUUGAUACGGAGGCGUGCAACGCCUUCAACUUUGCCAUCACCAUUGGAAUCACCAUUGGAAUCACCAUUGGAAUCACCAUUGCUGGUGUGUUGAUUCCUGGUCAGUAGCGCGGCCGAUGCGCCAGCUAGGUGUUUAUUCAAGCUCUGUAGCCAGUCUGGCGAAGUGAAUCGAUGCACGAUAGUCACAGAGCAGAGAUCCAAAAGUUUCGGGGAAAUUGUGGGCUCUUGAGUCGAUAUGAUGACUCGAAGGCCUAAAUGGCGUUGCAGUCGAAUAUUGGAGAGAAGUGCUUCCGUC